AUGCCUCUGCCAAAGCUCAGUCCGCUGCAAUCGCGGCUGGCCGCAUCCCUCAUGGGAUCGAUAAUGCUACUGAUAUUAUAUCUGACCUUUUCAUCUUCUCACUUUGCAUACGCCACCGAUGUUGAUUCGAUACAACCAGAAGACCAUAAUCACGAAAGGUUGAUGGAUAUAAAUAUGUUGGCCCUGGAUGGUGAAGAGGAGGAUAUAGAAAUAAGGGACGAAGGAUAUGAAGCUGAAUUUGUAGGGUUCGAUCGGAGCAUAAUUGGUAGGGUUGCAUCGGCGACUGAUCCCACUCCAUUACUCAACAAUCGCGCUGUAACGACAAAUGUUGAACAGGGACAAACGAUCCCGUUUACAUUCCUAAACUCCUCAUUAUGGGGAGCCCUUUCUCCACAAGCAAGCGGUUUACCCUCUCCUGUUAAGUUGCGUAAAAGAGAUACUGAGAGCGAAUGCAAUAAAGAAGAGGAGAGCUUCGAGGCUUUGGACACUGCGUUAUUUGAGGUUGAAGAUCGGGAGCAGAUUCUGUCUGAAGACAGGAGACAAAAUUCCACUUUGCAGCCUCGACAAUCGAGCUCCUCAAAUACCAGGACGCUAUAUAUUACGGUCAAUACUUGCACACAGCCCGAAGCUAUAGGCGCGAAUGUGGUGGCGCCCUCGCAGUUGGAACUCUACAUAUCGCAGUCUGAGAAGAAUAAGAAUCCUGGACCCGGACAGGAUGAUAGUUUACAACAAACUUACCAAUUGGAAGGCGGCGCUGCAGUGGUCACUUUGAAUGCUACUGGAGAUGUUUUCAUCGGUUUGACCGGUUUGAAUAUGACCUCAAACUACACAGGUGUAUGGAACGCGGAGAUUGCAGCUUCCAUUGAUGCGCCCUACCAUUAUUACCAUAGCGAUGAAGAGAAUCUCGUCCUUGUAGAUAGUGAUAGUGCAUCAGCCCUUCUGGUUACCAACGAUCUCACCACGGAUAAUGGCUCAAUAUACGAUGAAUGGGUUAAUCUGGCACCGCCUUUCACUAUGUUCGCUAGUAAAACGAUCAACUCUUCCACGGCAGGUUUGCAAAAUUCGUAUUGUGGGUUGGAGAAGCAGGCCGAAAUAGCAGGAACUAUCAAUGGCGGUCAGAAAACUGACAAAAUAAAAAUGUCGAUGACUACUAGAGGGGAAAAUGAUGCUCCUAAGCAGCAAUUCUACUUUGAUGGGUUGACUGCGGGCACGUCUUACUAUGGUAUUCUUGCAAUGAAUGGUAAUGCAACUGCUCUUGGGCGCGAGGGAGUAGGCGGUGGUGGACAGGUUUGGAAAGCUAUGACCUUUUCCACGAUUUCAGCCGAUAACUGUGCUCUCGUGUAUAAUCUCUCGUUCUGCGACCAAGUGGCCUGGACCGUCCCAGCAAAUCCCAAUACAUUUCCAAAUACUACAGCUCUUGGAGAAUGGUACGAUAACUCAACCUACCAAUCUUAUAAGUACUUCAAGAAGGCUUUAGCACAGAUUCCUUGCAAUACUACCUCAUCUGCUCAGUAUUCUCUUGCUCAAAACUGCACGUCUUGUGAUGCAGCGUACAAGACAUGGCUUUGUUCGGUGACGAUACCAAGAUGUACUGAUUUUUCAACCGAUCUUCCGUGGUUACAAGAACGAGGUAUGGGACAACCAUUUCCAAAUGGGACAAUGCUUAGCCCGGAGCUACUUGACAUAGCGAGCUCGUCACAGCCUGCAAAUGGAUCUCGAAAUCCAGACAUCACGACUACAGUCCAACCAGGGCCUUACAAGGAAAUCUUGCCCUGUGAAGAUUUAUGCUAUGGAAUUGUUCGUGCGUGUCCGGCAGUGAUGGGUUUCGCAUGCCCUCUCCCAGGCGAUACGGGCUUUGAUACAAGUUAUGGCAUACAUCGAACGGCAAAUCAGAGCGGGCAAGUUACGUGCAACUAUCCCGGUGCUGUGCAUGAUCGGUCGAUUGGGGGGAUUAAUUUCAUACCACACACAAUGGUAUUUGGAGCAGCGGUGUUGAGUACGGUGUUCAUGUUGAGCGGCAUUUGA